CGAGCUCCCAGGCUCAGGCGAUCCUCCCGCCUCAGUCCACGGAGUAGAUGAGACCACAGGAGCCCGCCACCACGCCCGACUACUUUUUGUAAUUUUUGUAGGGAUGGGGUCUAGCCACGCUGCCCAAGCUGGUCCCAACUGCUGGGCUCAAGAGCUCCGCCAGCCUCCGCCUCCCAAAGCGAAGGGACCGCAGGCGGGAGCUACCGCGCCCCGCCCAGAGUUUCCGACUGUUAGCGUGACUCAUAUUCACGUCAAAACUUCUUUUUAUACAAGAACUAAAAGGCAAACUAAAUCCCUGCUCCAUCACUGCCUGUCCCGGGUGGCGGCGCGGGACAUUUUCUCCAAGCGCCUACCCGGCCCCGCGCGCAGGUGGCCUGCGCCGGAGGAUCCCGGACAACGCACAUUUCCUCCGCCCCCGGAAGUGGCGGUAACGCCAGGCUCUGCCCCCGACAGAGGCGGAAGCGGAGUCGCCCUGAGAGGUCUCCCGUUGCCGCAGGCGCCUCAUCCCAGCAGCGCGCCUUGGCUCUUGGCCGCCUACUCCUACGGCCCUGGCCCCGGGCGGGGCGCUGCCCGACCAGAGCUUCCUGUGGAACGUCUUCCAGAAGGUUGAUAAAGACAGCAGUGGAGUGAUACCAGACGCCGAGCUUCAGCAAGCUGUCUCCAACCGUGUGUGGGCCAGUGGGACCUGGGCCUCCAGACCAAGAAGCCGCGAGCAUGCCCUGCUAACAGUGGAUAACUUUCUUCAUCUGAAGUUGAUUUUCCAAGGACAAAGGAAUCAUUAGGACAAAUUAUUAUUACUGCUUCAUGGUGGAGAUGCUUCUGGUUUAUUUUGUGGCUACUGCUGUUACUGCUUGGAGUGCCUCACCGAGCCAGCUAACAACUGCGUGCGUGAGCACAGGGAAAGGCUUCUUGAGAAAUGAAAACUAGGUUGUAGGUUUAGAAGGGGAAUAGGAAGGUUAGCUCUGUACAGCCGAAAGCCUUUUGGUAAGUUGGAGGUCCUUGAAUUUCCUCGGUGACUGCAGCUUGGUGACUUCUCUGAAUAGACCUUCGAGGGCACUGGGGGGUGAUUGUUGGAAGGCUUGGGAAGCUCAGGCAUCACUUGUGUGGGAACGUGGCUGUUACAGGAACUGCAGAAACUGGGACUGGUUUCCUCCGGAAAGGAUUGGGGGUGUUGGAGGCGCUGGCAGGGGAGUUUCGGGGAGGUGUUCUUAUCAGUGUGCGAAUACUGGGCGUUCUGGCAGCGGGAAAUCUGGGUCCUUGGGUGUUGUGAGCUCCCUGGAGUUAUGUUCUUGCCAGUUUCAGCUCGAUUGAUCCCUCUCCCCUGAGCUAUCAUUGGAUACAUUUUACUUCAUUGAACACCUGACUGCUGCUUUUUCUGUAAUCCCUCAGGGGCAGUCAUCUUUUCUGAUUCUGUGUAUCGUUUGCGUUUCCAGAUCCGUGCCAUUUAAGCUAGAAAAGGAGUCAGUUUUGAGAUGAUGUGAAAAUGUUGAAAGGCUCCUCGUUAUUAAUGGGAAGUAUCUGAUGUUGCCAGAGACUGAACUGGGGCGCGGGGAGCACUACGGCUGCUAGACACUGCCUCACUGCGCUGUGGGUGGGGGGGUGCUGGAUUCAGCCUUACUGCCUAAUGAUUUGUGAGGAUUUGUGUUUUCAGAGUAACAUGUUUACCUUAUAUUAUGACAUCAGUUCCUAAUAUGUGACGUGUGGGCCACAGAUGCUGGUGUAUUAUUUCACAUGCAUUUAUAUAGAUUGUUUUCAGGGAAUUCAGAAAUUCUGUUAUCUCUACGCUAGUGAUUGUGCUUUCUUGAUUUUUCUCUUUUCAUUAUUCUUAAAUCCUCCUUUUUUUAUUUGCAUCUCUGUUCAUUUAUACUCGGGAAGUGCAAGACAUGGCUACUAGAAAGAGAUGUCAAGAGAACCCGGAAUCCAGUAGGCUACAAUUUGGCAAAUCUUAGCUUAAAACUUCCUAAAUGUUGACCACAGUGGAUGCAAAUGGCUCUGUGCAUCAUCUGUUAAAUAUGGUCAGAUGACCACCCAGGUUCAAGUGGUUUGUCACCAGGGUGAUACGAGCCACACGGAGUGCCCUCCUCAGAGGCCAUGUCUCAGAGACGUUUAUUUUGAGUGGUUUUCCAGUGAGUGAUGCAAGAUUUAUGAUCCAUUUUAACAGCCUGCUUUUUAUGCAUUUGCUCAAAUUUUUAGAUUUUAGGUUUAGUUUUAGGUUUUCUGUUAAACUUGCUCAACUAGGAGUGGUGGUCAAAUACUGGACCUCAUUAGCAUGAUAGCCUGCCCACCUUGGCAGCCUCCACUGGAGUGCUUUGGGGCCUGCCUGGAUUUCAGUCCUGGCUUUACCAGGUUUGUGUCCUUGCCGUUACUGGGAGGGAGUAUUGAGGAAAUGCAUGGGAGGUGCUUCCCGUGAUUCCUGGCACAGAGCAAGUGCUCAGUAAUUGUCAGCUGUGAGUAUUAGUAGUAGCUAAUACACUACCAUUAUUCUUGGCUAACAAGCCAGCUCAAAGCUUUGAUGAUUUCCAUUACCUGAUGAUGGUGAUGAUGGUUUCUACGUACUGAACACUCACACUGCUGGGCUAGGCGCUUAACCCAAAUCAAAGGUCAGCAUUAUUGUUUGGGGGUGGGGGAGACACCUCCUGCUCUGACUUGUGUGUUUGGGUUCCCGUAUUUUCACCAGAGGGUGUUAGUCCUGCCCCAGUUCAGCUGGUCCUCAAAGCAUAUAUAGCUCUUUAGCCAUCAGCAAGUGUCAGUCAGAACAUAAUCUUGAUUUCAGCUGCUACUAAAUAUCUACCAGGAGCCUGCUUGAGAGAGAGAAUUGCCUGACAGGUGCUGAGUCCACCAUUCCUGAAAUACUUUGAAAUCAGUGUCUGGCUUAACCCAAGCUGUGUAUCGGGACCCUGUCACCGUGGUCCCAAUGGAGUCACUUUUCUUAGGCGCCCCCCUUUACCUUGGGCUCUGAGCUUUCUCUGCCUUUCAUCUCUGCAGGAUGAAGCCCCACCCGCCCUUCAGGAUGCAAAGCCCUCCUCUAUAAAAUGCGUGCGGGGCCAGGUGCAGUGGCUCACAUCUGACCUCCCAACACUUUGGGAGGCUGAGGCAGGGGGAUCGCUUGAGCCCAGAAGUUUGAGACCAGCCUGGGCAACAUUGUGAGACCCUGUUUCUUGAAUUGCCCUGGGAGAUUUCCUCAGCUUGUGCUGGAGGCAUGUGGCCCCAUGAAACCCGUAGUCACCGUUCACCCUGAGAGACGCUGGCUUUGGGGUUCACGUGCCUGCUGCGGGGCAGCCCCAGGAGAUGGCCACCCUGUUUCUCCUGGAGCUGGAGCUGCGCGUGUUCUCAGCAACUGUGGUGGCUGUUCUGUUUUGUUUGCAUCUUAUAAACCGUUUACCCGAUUACAUUUUCCUCUUCAAUUUAGCUGCUAGAAAAUUUAAAGUCAGAUUGGUGGCUUGCCAGUAAUGAGAGUUUAGAGUAGAGGUAAACUUUAUGACAUAGUCUUAGACUCUUCACUUUCUCCUCAGCCAACAUGAUUCACAUUUACUUUAUUUUGCUGUACUGUGAGUGUCUUUGUGUUUCCUGAAUUCCUUCUAGAAUAAGGCAGGUUGUUAGUAAGCACAGGUUUCUGGUCCAUCUCAUAGCCUCAGGCAGUGGGCGGUGCUGUCCGUGCUCCCUUUCUGGGUUACCUGUGGUAGCUCUCAAGUUGCAGGGCUGCGAUUUGAAGCCUGAUUUAGUACACUGUGUUUCUGUCGUGUUCUGUGGUGGUUUGCUCCUCACGUGAGCAUUCACCCUGUGGCCCUGUUUCUCCACCACACCUCUGCCUGGUGGCAUCCUACUGGUUGUCUCAGCCAAGCCACUCUGUUCUGAAGAUGCCCUUGUCCUCCACCACUUUGCUUUGGGCUCUGAGCUUCUUCUGCCUUUCAUCUCUGUAGGAUGAAGCCCCACCUGCCCUUCAGGAUGCCAGCCUUGACAACAUUGUGAGACCCUGUUUCUACAAAAACUAAACAAGUGUAGUGGUGCACGCCUGUAGUCCCAGCUACUUGGGAGGCUGAGAUGGGAAGAUCACUUGAGCCUCGGAGGUUGAGGCUGCACUGAGCUGAGAUCAAGCCACUGCACUCCAGCCUGGGAGACAGAGCGAAAUCCCAUCUCAAAAAAACAAAGAAAGUGGAUGCGCGCUGCUCCUGCCAUUGGAUCAUCACAGCAUUUUUCUUUUCUCUGAUGUGCGCCUUUUUCCUCACCGUGGGGGCUCAUGCUUUCGUGGUUCCCUCUCGCUACUAGAUUGUGAGCUGCAUGAAGGAAGGUUCAUAGUCGUGUUGUAUGUACAGGCACACAAACUUUGUUCUUGGAUAGACGCAUAUCAAUCUGCUUCCUUCUUCUCUCUGAAUUUCUUUAUUUAAAAAAAGAAAAAAUUAGACAUGGAGUCUCACUGUCUUUCCCAGGCUGGUCUCAAACUCCUAGGCUCAAGCGAUCCUCAUGCCUCUGCUAAUAUGAAUCAUUAGCCUAUACUAAUAUGAAUUCCUAUACUAAUAUGAUUGAAAUUAGUUUGACUUCUAUAAUUGUUCUCCCAGAUUGGGCUUCUGUUUUGAUAGUAGAACUAAAUUAUUAGGCUAUUUCAAGAAAUUAAUAUAUUACUGGUAGAAAAACCGAAGCUACAAAAUGGCCUGGUUUCUCACUUCAGUUAAAUUUGUGCUUCUGAGUGCUUGUAUUCUAGGUGAAACCGCACUGAGAAGGUAUUUGUGGCCCGUAUGCUGAUUCAUUGAUUAGACUUCUUUGCACAGGAGAGCUGCUAAAAAUUACUGCAGUGAACAGGUAUGAAGAAGAAGGCUGUUCUCUGCCCUUCUUUUUGCAAUAAAAUGUUACAAACUAUCUUGAGUUUGAUCCCUUUUCGGGUGUUUGGGUUUUUUUUUAACAUUCACAUGUUUCUUGGAAUUAUAAGAAAUUAACUUUGUGCUUCUGAAGUGGGUUUGCCUUAAUAUAACACUGAUGUAUUUGAAAGGGGCAUUUUUAAAGCUGUACUUUAAAAAAUAAUAAUUCUUAAAUUCGUUUCCAGGUUUUUUGUUUGUUUGUUUGUUUGUUUUUGAGAUGGAGGCUCUCUCUGUCACCCAGGCUGGAAUGCAAUGGCAUUGAUCUUGGCUCAGUGCAACCUCUGCAUCUGGAGUUCAAGCGAUUCUCCUGCCUCAGCCUCCUGAGUAGCUGGGACUACAGGCACCUGCCACCACGCCCAGCUAAUUUUUGUAUUUUUAGUAGAGACGGGGUUUCACCAUGUUAGCCAGGAUGGUCUCGAUCUCCUGACCUUGUGAUCUGCCCAUGUCAGCCUCCCAAAGUGCUGGGAUUACAGGCGUGAGCCAGGGGGCCAACAUGGUGAAACCCUAUCUCUACUAAAAAUACAAAAUUAGCUGGGAAUGGUGGUGUGCGCCUGUAAUCCCAGCUACUUGGGAGGCUGAAGCAUGAGAAUCACUUGAACCCAGGAGGCAGAGGUUGCAGUGAGCUGAGGUAGCGCCACUGCACUCCAGCCUGGGGGACAGUUAGACUCCAUCUCAAAAAAAAAAAAAAAAAAAGAAUAGAAUAA